GGCAUCAGGAACUCGCUUUCCCAGCUCGCCGCGCGCUCCUGGGGGUUGCAUCUCGGCGACCAGGAAAAGGGAAAGAUGGCGACUGCUCGGCGACGUUGAGGCCGCGUUGGGCGGUUCAAACUCAGAGUGAUGGCAGGAGAGCUAGCUGAUAAGAAGGACCGUGAUGCGUCACCUUCCAAGGAGGAAAGGAAGCGGUCCCGGACACCUGAGAGAGAGCGGGACAGAGACCGGGACCGGAAACCUUCCCCAUCCAAAGACAGGAAGCGGCAUCGCUCAAGGGAUCGGCGUCGAGGCGGCAGCCGAUCUCGCUCCCGCUCCCGGUCCAAGUCCACGGAAAGAGAACGACGGCACAGAGAACGAGAUAAGGAGCGGGAUCGGAAUAAGAAGGACCGAGAUCGGGACAAGGACGGGCACAGGCGGGACAAGGACCGGAAACGAUCUAGUUUAUCUCCUGGACGAGGGAAAGAUUUUAAAUCCCGAAAAGACAGAGACUCUAAGAAGGAUGAAGAGGAUGAACAUGGUGAUAAAAAGCCUAAGGCCCAGCCGUUAUCCCUGGAGGAACUUCUGGCCAAGAAAAAGGCUGAGGAAGAAGCUGAGGCAAAACCCAAGUUCCUCUCUAAAGCAGAGCGAGAGGCUGAGGCCCUGAAGCGACGGCAGCAGGAGGUGGAAGAGCGGCAGAGGAUGCUUGAAGAAGAGAGGAAGAAGAGGAAACAGUUUCAGGACUUGGGCAGGAAAAUGUUGGAAGACCCUCAGGAACGGGAACGUCGGGAACGCAGGGAGAGGAUGGAGCGGGAGACCAAUGGAAAUGAGGAUGAGGAAGGGCGGCAGAAGAUCCGAGAGGAGAAGGACAAGAGCAAGGAACUGCAUGCCAUUAAGGAGCGUUACCUGGGUGGCAUUAAGAAGCGUCGCCGAACGAGGCACCUUAAUGACCGCAAGUUUGUCUUUGAAUGGGAUGCCUCUGAGGACACAUCCAUUGACUACAACCCACUGUACAAAGAGCGGCACCAGGUACAGUUGCUGGGGCGAGGCUUCAUUGCAGGCAUUGACUUAAAGCAGCAGAAACGAGAGCAGUCACGUUUCUACGGAGAUCUAAUGGAGAAGAGGCGGACACUGGAAGAAAAGGAACAGGAGGAGGCAAGACUCCGCAAACUUCGUAAGAAGGAAGCCAAGCAGCGCUGGGAUGAUCGUCACUGGUCCCAGAAGAAGCUAGAUGAGAUGACAGAUAGGGACUGGCGGAUAUUCCGGGAGGACUACAGCAUCACCACCAAAGGCGGCAAGAUCCCUAAUCCCAUCCGAUCCUGGAAAGACUCUUCUCUGCCCCCACAUAUCUUGGAGGUCAUCGAUAAAUGUGGCUACAAGGAGCCAACACCUAUCCAGCGUCAGGCAAUUCCCAUUGGGCUGCAGAAUCGUGACAUCAUUGGCGUGGCUGAGACUGGCAGUGGCAAGACAGCAGCCUUCCUCAUCCCGUUGCUCGUCUGGAUCACCACUCUUCCCAAAAUUGACAGGAUCGAAGAGUCAGACCAGGGCCCGUAUGCCAUCAUCCUGGCCCCCACCCGUGAGCUGGCUCAGCAGAUUGAGGAAGAGACCAUCAAGUUUGGGAAGCCACUAGGCAUCCGCACUGUGGCUGUCAUUGGCGGCAUCUCCAGAGAGGACCAGGGUUUCAGGCUGCGCAUGGGUUGUGAGAUUGUGAUCGCUACCCCAGGACGUCUGAUUGAUGUGCUGGAGAACCGCUACCUGGUGCUGAGCCGCUGUACCUACGUGGUUCUGGACGAGGCAGAUAGAAUGAUUGACAUGGGCUUUGAGCCAGACGUCCAGAAGAUCCUGGAGCACAUGCCUGUCAGUAACCAGAAGCCGGACACGGAUGAGGCUGAGGACCCCGAGAAGAUGUUGGCCAACUUUGAGUCAGGAAAACAUAAGUACCGCCAAACGGUCAUGUUCACGGCCACCAUGCCCCCCGCCGUGGAGCGCCUGGCCCGGAGCUACCUGCGGCGGCCUGCUGUGGUGUACAUUGGCUCUGCGGGCAAGCCCCAUGAGCGCGUGGAGCAGAAGGUCUUCCUCAUGUCGGAGUCAGAGAAGAGGAAAAAGCUGCUGGCGAUCUUGGAGCAAGGCUUUGAUCCACCCAUCAUCAUUUUUGUCAACCAGAAGAAGGGUUGUGAUGUUUUGGCCAAAUCCCUGGAGAAGAUGGGGUACAACGCUUGUACGCUGCAUGGUGGGAAAGGCCAGGAACAGCGAGAGUUCGCGCUGUCCAACCUCAAGGCUGGGGCCAAGGACAUCUUGGUGGCUACAGAUGUGGCGGGCCGUGGUAUCGACAUCCAAGAUGUGUCUAUGGUGGUCAACUAUGAUAUGGCCAAAAACAUUGAAGAUUACAUCCACCGCAUUGGCCGCACGGGACGAGCUGGCAAGAGUGGUGUGGCUAUCACCUUCCUCACCAAAGAGGAUUCUGCUGUGUUCUAUGAGCUGAAGCAAGCCAUCCUGGAGAGCCCAGUGUCCUCCUGCCCCCCAGAGCUAGCCAACCAUCCAGAUGCCCAGCACAAGCCAGGCACUAUCCUCACCAAGAAGCGCCGGGAAGAGACCAUCUUUGCCUGACACAGGACUCAUUCCACGGGUUUAAGGGCAGGCUCCGAAGCCUGUUCUUUAGGACCCUCACAGUCCUCUUUCCAGGUCCUCACUCUCAUGGGGGCUUAGGAAACAGACUUCUUGACCUGGACCCUCCAGUUUGAAGGUGUGAGUGUGGGGCUGCGAGAGGAGGAAAGCCCUGCAGGAGGCAGGGAGAACAAAUUACCACGGAUUUUGGCCCAUCUCUGCCCCUCUGGCAGGCACCGGGAUUGCAUUGGGUCAUUGGCUCUUGCCAGUUACAGGGCAGCCAACUGGCAUUGCCCCCUCGGCUGAAGAGAAGCCUGCCACCAGGCGGGCACCGCCGCAGCACAGGCUGGACUGCGUGAGCAGCAGCAGCGCUCUCACCCUGGGUGACCCAGGGGCUCUGGCACUGUGGGGGUCGUGGACCUUGGACCCUUACUGCCAUUUUGAUAGCAUUUGCCUUUUGGGAUUAUAAGACAAAUAGAGAGCCUUGUUUAUAGAGCUGUGCACGGCCUCCGUGUCAAGGGGUGCUGUGCACUCCAAGCAUCCCUCACCCAGGAGUAUUUUUUAGAUGUGGGACAGGGGUGAGCUGGCUGUGUCUGUCUUGAAGUCGCUGAGUGAAACUUGUUUUCUAUUCUCUGAAAAGAUGAGUUUGUAUGUUCUGAGAAUAAAUACAUGAAUAUUAA